AUGGCGAUAUACGGUCUUUGGGUCAUCAACAAAGCAGGCGGUCUCGUCUACCAACGCAACUUCGGCGACGGUCUUGCUCAGUUGACGUCCAACGAAUAUUUGGUGCUGGCCGGAACGCUACAUGGCAUCCACGCUAUCACCGCCAGGCUCUCGCCCAUCGGGUCUAGCUCAGGCGCUCAGGUAAUCGAAGGCGAAACAUUCAAGAUGACCAUCCAUUUGACUGCUACUGGCACCAAAUUCGUCCUUCUGACCUCGCUUGCGGAAACCACCGCCGAGACAGUGUUGCAGAAGGUGUACGAAGCGUACGCAGACGCGGUCAUGAAGAACCCAUUCCAUACGCCGGAGAUGCCCAUCAGGACGGAGGGCUUCGAUUCUCGCAUUACCGCGCUUCUUGGAAGCUGA